CCUGCAGCCGGAACCCAACAAAGGCGUUUGCAGAACUUUCCCUGGGGUGACACACAAGUUGUGCUGCCCAGCUCGGGAGCGAACUGGCAGCUCCUCCCCUGGACUCUGCUCGCUGCUUGGCGGCGCCCGCAGCGCCCAGUUCCGGCCCGUGAGCGGACUGAGAAACCGGCUGCAGAAAAGCAGAGCAACCCAAGCAGCUGAACGAGGAAACGGUGCAUGAAUGCAGCUCUGAGCGGGUUUCUGGAGCUCUGCUGAACACCCGGGAGCAGCAGUUCUGCUCUCCAAAAUGCCCGAGGACGGUGCCAGUGUGCUCCUGCUCCGGGCGUGCCUGGCUCUGCUAGCCUGGCCCAUCUACCUGCUGAACCUCCUGGGCUUGUGGCAGCCUUUCUGCAGGAAGGUCUUCUUUCCUUACAUCUUGGAAAAGAUCGGUGCAGCCCACGAGAAGAAAUCCAAGAAGCACAAGCAGGAGUUAUUCCGUAAUCUGCCUGAUUUUAGGGGCCCCUCCGGGCAGCUGAGGCUGCUGGAGAUCGGCACCGGCAGCGGCACCAACUUCCAGUUCUACCCAGAGGGCUGCAGAGUCACCUGCACCGACAUCAACCCCCACUUCCAGGAGAGCCUCUCCAAAAGCAUGAAGAAGAACCAGCACCUGCACUACGAGCAGUUCCUGGUGGCUGCAGCAGAGGACCUGCACCAGGUGCCCAGCGGCUCUGUGGAUGCUGUGGUUUGCACCUUGGUGCUGUGCUCCGUGCAGAGCAUCAGCGGCACCCUGAGGGAAGUGCUGCGGGUGCUCCGGCCGGGAGGAGCUUUCUAUUUCUUGGAGCACGUGGCCGCUGAGCAUUCCAGCUGGAUGCAUUUUUGGCAGCAGGUUUGUUUCCCAACUUGGAAGCUCGUCUUUGCUGGGUGCUGCCUCACAAGAGAGCUGUGGAAGAGUCUGGAAGAGGCCAAGUUCUCGGAGCUGAAGAUCCAGCACAUCAGCAUAGCCAUGCCCUGGAUGCCCAUCGAGCCACACAUCGUGGGGUACGGGGUGAAAUAACCCCUGUGCUGCCCCCCAAAAUUCCUCACGGUGACCAGCACACCCUGCAGGGCACAGGCUCCUCCACACGUCCCCACACCAGUAACACAACAAAAGACUUAAACCAGAACCCAAACUGCCAGCCGAGAAGAAAGGGUCAAUUUUCUGAGUGUCUCUGAAUCACACAAUCAAUAAAGUUGGAAAAGCCCUUUUGGAUCAGAGUCCAACAGCUAACUCAGCACCAGCACCAUGCUCACCACUAAACCAUGUCCCCAAGUGCUACAUCCACACGUUUUUGGAAAACUUCCAGGGAUGGUGACUCCACCACUGCCCUGGGCAGCCUGUGCCAGGGCAUGACAGCCCUUGCCCUGAAGAAAUUCUUCCUCUUCUCUAAUUAAACUUCCCCUGCUAUAACUCGAGGCCAUUUCCUUCCUGAAGCCCUGGUACUGCUGCCUCUGCCUUCCUAGAGCUCAGUGCAGCCAGGGAGGAGCUCAGGACAACAAGAACCAGCCUGGGAAGCAGAAAAUAAAUGUACCAAUGGAAGGGGA